GGACAACCUGGGUCUCUUGGCACACAAGGUCCCUCUGGGCCACCAGGUCUCAUUGGAAUAGCAGGCUUACCAGGACGUAAAGGAGACAAAGGUGAAAGAGGUCAACCAGGCAUUUCUGGACCAACAGGAGAUAAGGGCCAAAGCGGUGUCACAGGUUUUCCAGGAGCCAAUGGUGUGCCUGGCCAUGUUGGGCAAGGUGGUUCAAGAGGAAAGCCAGGACAUGAUGGCUGCAAUGGAACAAAAGGUGACCCUGGCGAGGCAGGCUUCCAAGGCCCAAGAGGACCUUUGGGGUCUUUGGGUAACCCAGGUAACAAAGGUCAGAAAGGAGAACCCUUCUAUAUAUCAGAAGACAUGAUAAAAAGAAUAAGAGGUGAACCUGGUGAACCUGGAUUAGCAGGAUACCCAAGUCCCAAUGGUCCACCGGGGAGAGUGGGAUUCAUUGGUCCAAUGGGUGAACCAGGAUUACCUGGGCCACCAGGACCACCUGGAUCACCAGGACCACCAGGAAGCAAAGCAAUUGCCUUUGUUGUACAGAAGGGACAACCGGGUGACCCAGGCAAGCCAGGGCUCCCAGGUAUACCAUGCCAAACACAGGGUGAACCUGGAACAACAGGACCCACUGGUGCACCAUGCCACUUAGAGUUCAUUAGACCAUCUGAUAUCUCCUUAAUAGAUUAUUUGGCUGAAAAAGGGGAAAAAGGAGAGAAGGGAGACUUUGGAGAACCAGGUAAAGAUGUUUUAUCAGGAGAGCGUGGAGAAGAAGGUAUUAUGGGCUUCCCUGGAGCAAGGGGACCUGCUGGGAAUGAUGGUGCACCUGGAGACAAAGGAGAAAAUGGAUUGCCUGGACUCAACGGUAAUCAUGGAACACCUGGCUUUAAAGGACUGAAGGGAGAACACGGUGAAAAAGGUGUUGCUGGACCACCAACCUAUGUUACAAGUCUUACAGCUCAGAAAGGAGAAACAGGAGAUAUAGGAUUUCCUGGCAAUGUUGGUCUUGAUGGAGAAACUGGAGAGAAAGGAAGUCCUGGCCUUCCAGGUCUAAUGGGAUUACCCAGCCCUUUCACAGGUCCUCCAGGAUUUUCUGGAUUAAAAGGUCAGCAAGGUCAAAAAGGUUAUCAAGGAAACCCAGGAUUACCUGCUUUUCAGACAGGAAGAGAUGGAGAACCAGGAGAUCCUGGUCUAAGAGGACCUCUUGGUUUCCCAGGGUAUCCAGGUGGACGAAUUGGAAGAAAAGGUGCUAAAGGAUCCCCAGGAAAUGAUGGAUCAGAUGGAUAUCCUGGCUUUGCUGGUUCAAAAGGACUUAAAGGUGAACAGGGAGAAUGCAAAUGCACGGCUGGUGAUGAAACUACAAUGGGACCUGCUGGGGAUCCAGGCCCCGUAGGCUUUUCUGGCCUUCCUGGUGAAGUUGGUUCUAAAGGUGAAAAAGGAGACAGAGGAGGCCCUGGUAUUCCGGGUACACCUGGUGUUAAGGGACUCCCAGGCUUUAAUGGUCUUCCUGGUUCUGUGGGAGAGAAAGGAGACAUAGUGGUCGCCACCGAAAAAGGUGUAAAAGGCGAGGAAGGAACCCCUGGCACCCCAGGUUCUGCAGGACUUGAAGGAUUUUCAGGAAAGGAUGGACUAUUUGGUAUUCCUGGCUCCCUGGGUCUUCCUGGUGAUGCUCCAAAAGGACUAAUCGGCGACCCUGGAUUUGCAGGCCUUCCAGGUCUUGAAGGAGCUCGAGGUGAGCCUGGGUUACCAGGUUCAGUAUUUCCAGGGCCAAAGGGUGCACGUGGGGUUCCUGGACUGCCAGGAAGAAAUGGAUCACCGGGAGUUCCAGGACUUCCAGGUUUACAAGGCGACUGCUUUAAAGAACCCGGAGAAGACAAUUUAGUAGGCCAAAGACGCCAUGGGUGCACAUUAACUCCACCAACAGCUCCAUCAGGAACCUACGGACCUCGAGGAUUACCAGGUUUUAACGGUGUAAGAGGUCUAAAAGGUCAUUCAGGUCAACCAGGUGCAGAUGGAAUUUAUGGAUUUAAAGGAGUCAGAGGUGAUCCUGGACCUGAUAGCUUGCCUGGUCCACAAGGAUUCCCAGGUCGAAGAGGAGAUCGUGGAAAGCCUGGAGAACCAGGUUUUACAGGAGAACGUGGUCCAGCAGGAAUGCCAGGUGCACAGGGAUAUCAGGGUACAAAAGGUAGCUCUGGUGACGUGCUGGGAGCUCCAUCUGGAUCCCGAGGUGAUGUUGGAUUACCUGGCUUUUUAGGUUUCAAAGGUGUACAAGGUGAUGCAGGCUUACCAGGAUUACAAGGUAUCAAUGGAAGAACUGGGACUCCAGGAUUGAAAGGUAUAUCAGGUGAUCCUGGAAUUCCUGGAGCUUCUGGAUUACCAGGUUCUUCAGGGAAUGGCGGGUUUCCAGGAAUGCCAGGGAAACCUGGGACGCCAGGAGCAGUGGGUGUCCCUGGAUUUGCAGGUUCUCCUGGACCACGAGGUGACAAUGGAAAGCAAGGAAACCCCGGACAACCUUGGAAAAUAGGUGGAGCUGGAGAUGUAGGAGAAUUGGGAAUUACUGGCAUAAGAGGAAGAUUUGGAGAUCCAGGUUUCCCAGGGUUGACUGGUAUGGAUGGCCACCCUGGUGUAAAGGGAGUGAAAGGCUCUUUUGGAAUGGGAGGUUUCCAAGGAAUGAAGGGUGAGAAAGGACAGCCCGCCUUUAGCGCUCCUAAGGGUCAGUUUGGCGAUGUUGGCUUACCAGGAGAAAGAGGAAUUCUGGGAGAACUAGGCCACAAAGGUAAUCGAGGGGAACAGGGACAACCAGGACAAUCACCAGAAAUUGAUGAAAAUAUGCUACACAAGAUGAAGGGACAAAAAGGACAUCAAGGUAUUCAUGGAUUUACUGGAGGUCCUGGGCUGAAAGGAGUUAAAGGAAUGCCUGGUGACCCUGGAUAUACUGGACAACCUGGUUCACCUGGAAUGCCAAGCUUUGAGACAGGCAUUAAAGGAGAUGCUGGACAAAGUGGGUUUACUGGUUUUCCUGGUAAUCCAGGACAAGUUGGUCCUCCAGGCAUUCGUGGAUUCCCAGGAUUUACAGGUCCUAGAGGAUCAAAAGGCAUGCCCGGUUUAUAUGGAAUUUCAGGUGACAAAGGAGAUUUUGGAGAUAAAGGUGAAACAGGAACCUCUAUGAAUUUUCCAGGAGAGAGAGGGUACAAGGGUGUAAUAGGUGACCGCGGGUUUGCCGGACAAAGAGGAAUAUAUGGAGAAAAGGGACUGACAGGAGAUUCAGGCGUUCCUGGCAUUUCAGGAAUGAGUGGAGAUCCCGGACAACCAGGACAAAGGGGCCAAACAGGUUUACCUGGCUUGUUGGGCUUAACUGGAUCUCAGGGGGAUCCUGGAUUUCCAGGAGUCCAUGGUGAACAAGGAACUUCUGGUAUUCUUGGGGUACCAGGUCAACAAGGUUUCCCUGGAUUUAGAGGACUUUCUGGACUUCAUGGCUUGAAGGGUACAAAGGGGCUUCAGGGACCAGCAGGGGCGGAUGACUAUGGUGUAAGCGGUGUGAAAGGUACUCCUGGGCAAAAAGGUGAUCAAGGAGAACAAAGCACUGCAGCUGGAUUGGCUGGUAACUCAGGUGUAACAGGUACCAGGGGAGAACCAGGUGUACCAGGCAUAACUGGUUUGCCUGGAUUAAAUGGAGUUCGUGGACUUCCAGGUGCAUCAAAUGUGUCCGGGAUCCUGGGAGAUAUUGGGCUUCCAGGGCCUACUGGACAGACAGGGUAUCCAGGACCACAAGGAAGACCAGGUGUGUCCUCUCGACCAGGUGUGAAAGGAGAGUCAGGACCUUUUGGAAUACUAGAAUUGUUGGAGAGAGAGGAGUUCCUGGUGACAGAGGGGCCCAAGGCUCUAUUGGUAUUUCUGGUUAUUUUGGACUAAAAGGUGAGAAAGGUCAACAGGGCUUUGAUGGAGGCUUUGGAUUACCUGGAUUUCCAGGAGACAAAGGGCCUAAAGGACCAAAAGGUGACAGAGGGGCUGCAGGUCUACAGGGUGCCCCUGGAUCCCCAGGAUUAUCACCUGAACCCUUGAACUUGAAAGUGGACCAAGGGCCUCUUGGUGUGUUGGGAAUUGUUGGUCCACAAGGCAUCCAAGGUGACAUGGGACCUCUUGGUCUUGUAGGCGAUAAAGGUGCUGUGGGUCCUCAGGGUAAGCAAGGAGUACCUGGAAUACCUGGAAGGUUUGCUGCCCCUGGUGUGAGAGGAGACCAAGGAUCAAUGGGACAAAGAGGACCUGAUGGAGCUAGAGGAACUUCUGGAGUACCUGGUAGUGCUGGUCUGCCAGGGAUGCCAGGAAGAAAUGUGAACAUUGGCUAUCUUUUAGUGAAACACAGCCAGACUGAUCAAGAGCCAAUGUGUCCUACUGGCAUGGCCAAAUUAUGGAGUGGAUACAGUCUAUUGUAUCUUGAAGGACAGGAAAAAGCGCACAAUCAAGACCUGGGUCUCGCUGGAUCUUGCUUGCAGCGCUUCAGCACAAUGCCUUUCCUGUACUGCAACCCAGGUGAUGUGUGCUACUAUGCCAGCCGUAACGACAAAUCCUAUUGGCUGUCAACCACUGCUCCUCUUCCAAUGAUGCCUGUGGUUGAAGAUGAAAUCAAGCCUUACAUAAGUCGUUGUACGGUCUGUGAGGCUCCUGCUGUAGCAAUUGCUGUUCACAGCCAAGAUAGCUCCAUCCCAUACUGUCCAGAAGGCUGGCGAAGCUUGUGGAUUGGAUAUUCAUUUCUUAUGCAUACAGCCGCAGGUGACGAGGGAGGAGGACAGUCCCUUUCUUCUCCCGGUAGCUGCCUGGAAGACUUUAGAGCGACUCCAUUCAUUGAGUGCAAUGGUGCUCGUGGGACUUGCCACUAUUUUUGCCAACAAGUACAGCUUCUGGCUUACAACUAUUAACAAUGACUUCCAGAGCUCUCCACCUUCAGAUACACUGAAAGCCGGCCUGAUUAGAACUCAUAUCAGUCGCUGUCAAGUUUGCAUCAAAUACCUGUAA